AUGGAGCUAAACGCGACCUCGGAUCCCGUUGCAGUGGAUGAUGAGCAGUUGAGCCAUCACCAAAUCAACACACUCGUUCUCGUCGAGCGAAUCGGCGGCACCCUCAGCUUGAUAUCUGUUAUCCUCAUCUUCAUCACCUACUGGCUGGUGCACCGAGUGCGCAAUGUGCAAAACACCUUCAUCGUCUUUGCCAGCGUGUCGAACAUCGGCGCCAGUAUCGGGAGCAUCAUUGCAUACGAUGGCAUGGAAGCAGGCCAGAGAACGGCUUUGUGCCAGGCCCAAAGUUUCAUGUUCGAAAUGUUCAUGCAGUCGGAUCCCUGGUGGUCUCUGGCCAUGGCUGUCAACGUGUUCCUCGUCUUCUACUUUCACACAAACCCAGACUCUUUUCGCAAGCGCUGGUGGAUCUACUGCCUGAUCUGCUAUGGAGGACCCUUCGUCAUUGCUCUGACUCUUUUACUUGUCAGAAGCCCUCGUGGUCUAGUGUACGGCGGAGCAACAAUCUGGUGUUGGGUCGACAAGGAGUGGGAUUACAUUCGAAUCUACACGUACUACAUGCUCAUCUGGAUAUGCAUAGUUGGAUCCAUUCUAUGUUACUUCCUGGUCGGAUGGCAUGUCUUUCGCAUGAGGAACCGGCUCCGCAGCUUUUCUACCUCCAGGAACAGGGAGAAAGACAACCAGGUGGACCCAGGUCGAGGAGAGAUGGCACAGAAUGGCUUCUAUGGCACUGUCACCACCGAGGUUCAGGUGACGCAUACUCUGGCCAACUCUGCCACCCCAGAGCCCCAACCAGCUUAUAUUCCCCGGAAUACCAGGCAUGUUUCGUUUGACAACCCAGAACCCGAAGUCCAACCCUCUUCCGACAACCAGUACUUCUCCUCCGUCACAACUGCCCCUCCUCAAGAGGUCCCUCCGCCGCCUCCCUUGUUCCAGCGCUUCAAGACCACGGUCACAGCCAUUACCGGCAAGUUCCGCGUCGGCGAUCCCAUCAAGAGAGCGUACUUGAGGACGAGUUUCUUGUUCGCGCUGAGCGUGCUGGUCACAUGGAUCCCCAGCAGCCUAAACCGUAUCCACGGCUGGCUUGAUGGAGGUUCCCCAUACGAGUUCCAUGUUGCAACCGCAGCAGUCUUGCCCCUGCAAGGACUAUGGAACGGCAUCAUCUUUUUCGUUACUAGUUGGCGCAGCAUAAAGGCAUGGAUCAACGAGACAUUCAAAACCAGCGCCGCCGUCAUUGAACGUCACAAAGCAGACGAACUCGGCAUGAAUGAGAGGAUUGCCGGCCCACUGAAUACAUUGAACCGAUGCGACUCUUUCAUCGACGAUGGAGAUUCUGCAACUAUCGGCAGUGACGUGGAGCUCAGACGCGUCCCCAACUCAGGAACCAAGGCGGCGAAUUCUCUGUAG